AUGCCGCUCUUCCAACCAACGCUCCACGCCCCGCCCGACGAGCCCACCCUCGAGGGCCACACCAUCAUCAUCACGGGCUCCAACUCGGGCAUCGGCCUCGAGACGGCGCGCCAGCUGCUGCUGCGCCGCGCGUCGACCGUCAUCCUCGCCGUGCGCAACAUCCACAAGGGCGAGCUGGCAAAGGCCUCGCUGCUGUCCGACCCGGCCGUCCGCCAGCACGCCAACCCGGCCGCCACCGUCGCCGUCAUGGAGCUCGACAUGGCCGACUACGACAGCGUCGCGCAUUUCGCUGCUGCGGUUACCGCCACCCUGCCGGAGCUGCAUCUGCUCGUGCUGAAUGCGGGAUGUGGUGGCGUAGGGGAUGCGGGGGGCAAGAAGAAGAGCAGUGUUGUUGAGCGCAAUAGCAGUGAGAGUAGCGCUAGCAGCAGCAACGGCGGCGGCAGCAGCAGCGUGGGCGGUUCCUCGUCGACAUCAUCAUCCGGCGGCGGCGGAAGCGGUGGCGGUGGUGGUGGCGAGCGAAGACGAGGAGGCGAAGCUGAAGGCGAAGGCGGAGGUGGUGGUGGCGCAAGAGUAGGAGGUGGAGCUGAAAACAACCACAACAACAGCAACAGCAGGCACGAGCGCACGCUUCAGGUCAACUACCUGUCCAACGUGCUGCUCCUGCUCGCGCUGCUGCCCCUGCUUCGUGCGACGGCCGCCCUUUGCGGCCGCCCCUCGCGCGUCACCUGGACCGGCAGCCGCGCCCACGCCCUUACCGCCCGCACCAGCGUCGCCCACUUGCCCCCCUUCCGUCCCGGCGACUCGGUCCUGGGUCGCCUCGACCAGGCAGCUGCGGAGGUCGACUACUACCACCAUCGCGGGCAGCGCCGUCGUGGUCGUCGGUGUUCUUUACCAGGAGGAGGCUCUCGCCACCGCCACCCCCAGCAGCGGGAGGAGGAGAACGAGGAGGGAGCGAGGAAGGGGGAGAAGGGAGGAGCAGGUGGAGGGAAGAGGUUGCAGCAGUGGCGGCACUACUUCGACCCCUUUACGCGGUACGCGGAUAGCAAGUUGCUUGCCGUCUUCUUUUUGUACGAGCUGCGGCGCCGGUUGGGCGUGCUGGAGGAUGGGGAGGCCGAGGGCGGCGGGGUGGUGGUGAAUAUGUUUUGCCCCGGCAUGGUGGAUACGCGGAUCGGUGAUGCACUGCCGUGGUAUCUACGAUUGCCGUGGAAUGCGAUGAAGGUUCUGCAGGCGCGGAGUGUGGAGCAGGCGGGUUGGGUGGCUGUUCACGCAGCAGUGGUGGCGGGGGAGGAGUCGCAUGGGAGGUUCUUGGGUGAUAUGGAGGUCUUUGAGGAGACAGACUUUAUCAAGAGUGAGGACGGGAGGAAGAUUCAGGCGAUGCUUUGGGAGGAGACGGUGGCGGAGAUGUCGAAGCUGAUGGAAGUGCCGGAGUGGAUGAGGACCGGUGGAGGCUCCGAACAUGAGAUUGUCAGCGAGAAGAAUCUUAUGAUGCAAGCUGACAUGUCAGACAGGUAA